AUGGCCAUGGCCACCUUCUCUGGCUCAGCCCCCCUCCCCUCCUUGCCCUGCAGGAUCGGGCCCUGCUCCCCUCAAGCAGUUGCUGGCCUAUUCCAGGGCGAGUCCCACUCCAAUCCUGGCCCUCCAGGCCUGGGCUCCCCUCCCCUCCUCACCCUCCAGGCCUCGGCCCAUCUCCUCAUGCUGCCCUCCAGGGCCAAGUCCUACUCCCCACACUGCCCUCCAGGCCCAGGCCCCGCUUCCCUCACCACACUCCAAGGCUGGGCCCUGCUCCCGACCUUGCAAUCCAAGAUCAGACCCCUCCUCACCCUUCAGGGCCUGGGCCCUGCUCCGCACACUGCUCUCCAGGGCCAUGCCCCGCUCCCCUCCUCCUCCUCAAGGGCCUGGGCUGCUGUGCUCGCUGCCCUCCAGGGCCAGACUCCAAACCCCUCCUCACCCUCCAGGGCCUUGACCCAUUCCCCUCCUAGCCCCCAGGGCCAGUGCCUCUUCUCCUCCUCACCCUCCAAGGUCAGGUUCUGCUCCCCUCCUUGCCCUCCAGGUCCUGGCCCCACUCCCCACGCUGCUCUGCAGGGCCGGGCCCCACUGCCUUUAACACCCUCCAGGGCCAAGCCCUGUACCCCUCCUUACCCUCCAGGGCUUGGGCAAGGCUCCUCACGCUGCCCUCCAAGGCUGGGCCCCACUACCCUCAACACCCUCCAGGACCAGACCCUGCUCCACUCCUCGAGCUCCAGGGCAAGACACCGCUCGCCUCCUCGCCCUGCAGGGCCGGGCCUGCUCCCCUCCCCGCCCCCCAGAGCCAGGUCCUGCUCCCGUCAGGUGCGUCCCUGGUCUCCAUCCAGGGCCAGACCCGCUCCCUUCUUGCCUGUCAUGGCCUUGGCCCGGCUCCCAUUGCUGCCUACCAGGGCCAGGCCCCGCUCCCCUCCUCACCCUCCAUGGCCAGGCCUCGCUCCCUCCUUGCCUUCCAGUGCCAAUGCCUGCUCCCCUCCUCGGCCUCCAGAGCCAGGUCCUGCUCCCCUUAGAUUGUUCCUGGCCUCCGUCCAGGGCUACACCCUGUUCCCCACUUGCCUUUCAUGGCCUGGGCCUGACUCUCAAUUCUGCCCUCUAGGGCUUUCCCCGCUGCCCUCCUCGCCCUCCAGUGCUGGGCCCUGCUCCACUCCUCGCCCACCAGUGCCAGUGCCUGCUCCCCUCCUCGCCCUCCAGGGCCUGGGCCCCCUCCCAUCACAGCCCUCCAUGGCCGUCCCUCUGCCCUCAACGCCCUCUAGAACCUGA